AUGUCUUUACAUCUCGAGACCCUCCAAGCAAAGGGAUCAUUGAUGUAUCAAGCCUCAAGAACCACGUUUUUCACCUCACCGUCACAUGAUGUAAGCCUUUCCAAAGUCCAGAACCAAUUUCCUGCGGCACAGGUUGGAGAUCACAGCAAAGACGAGAACUCGCAAAGACCAAUCGGAAGAUGUAUUUCGGAAAAAGCAUCUGAAGCCGACAAUCAAUUUGGGGCUGAAGAGUAUCCGGGCCAGGGUGUUGUUCAGGACUUUUUCAGGACUUCGGAGGCGAAUGCGAGUCCUGUAAAUUUUACGCAGGACGAACUGCAAAAAGCGGAUUAA